AUGAAAUUCUCCACGACUCUCCUCGUCUCCGCUGCCUUCGGCGCUGCUAUAUCAGCACCAAUCGUUGACAAGCGACAACUCACAAAAUACGAUGCUUUAGUCGAUGCAGUUGAGAAGCGUCAACUUACCAAGUAUGACGCUUUGGGCGACGAUGCUGUUGAAAAACGUCAACUUACCAAAUACGACGCCCUCGUGGACGCAUUGGAGAAACGCCAACUUACAAAGUACGAUGCAUUGACCGAUGCCGACGCUGUUGAGAAGCGCCAGCUCACCAAAUACGACUCGCUAGACGACGCUGAAGUCGCUCCUGCCGUUCAAAGACGCCAACUCACUAAAUACGACGCUCUGACUGAUGCCGACCUCGCCGCUCUUGGAAAGCGUCAACUCACCAAAUAUGAUUCUUUUGAUGAUGCUGAGGAGGCAGCCCCUGUAAUCGAGAAGCGCCAACUGACCAAGUACGAUUCCUUCGACGACGCUGAGGAAGUUCCAGCUGUUGAGAAGCGUCAGCUCACCAAGUACGAUGCUCUGGCCGAUGCUGAUGCCGUUGAGAAACGCCAGUUGACCAAGUACGAUGCAUUGGGUGAUGAUGCUGUUGAGAAGCGACAACUCACCAAGUACGAUGCUUUUACUGAUGCCGAUCUUGCUGAGCUUGCUGCUCUUGAGAAGCGUCAGCUCACCAAGUACGACUCUUUUGAUGAUGCUGAGGAAACCACUGUUUAA